AGGAACGUCGCUAGUUUUCCUCUUCAACCGGACCACAAUCUUCGGAAGUUUAUUUUAUUUUUAAAAUAUACUUUUAAAGUCUCGUUCUAAAAGAACCGUCAUCAAAUUAUAAUCUGACAUUAUGCCUACCAUUGGGGUAAAACGUGAUCUGCUCUUCGCCGCCCUCGGCAAGACCUACACCGAUGACGAAUUCCAGGAGCUCUGCUUCGCUUUCGGUCUAGAACUCGAUGAAGUGACCACGGAGAAGCAGAUGCUUACCAAGGAACAGGGCGAUGUGGCAGCGGCAGUGGACGCCAGCGAGGAAAUCAUCUACCGGAUAGAUAUCCCCGCUAACCGCUACGAUCUACUGUGUCUGGAGGGUCUGGUUACCGGUCUCCUAGUGUUCCAGGGGAAAGUUAAGCCGCCAAAGUUUGAGUUUGUGGAGCCGGCCAAGAGACAGGUGCUAAAGAUCGAUUCUUCGACUGCCCAGAUUAGACCUCAUGCCGUGGCGGCUGUGCUGAGAAAUGUGACCUUCACCCAGGAAUCAUACAACAGCUUCAUCGACCUCCAGGAUAAGUUGCACCAGAACAUUUGCCGGAAGCGGACUCUGGUGGCCAUCGGCACCCAUGAUCUCGACACUAUUCAAGGACCUUUCAGCUACGAAGCCCUGGCACCUGAGAAAAUCAAGUUCAAGCCGCUUAAUCAGACGCAGGAGAUGAAUGGAAACCAACUGAUGGAUUUCUACACCACACAUGCCCAGCUGAAACAAUAUUUGCCGAUUAUUCGGGACUCUCCCGUGUACCCGGUUAUUUACGAUGCUAAGAGGGUGGUGCUGUCACUGCCGCCCAUUAUCAAUGGGGACCACUCCAAGAUCUCGCUAAACACCAAGAACGUUUUCAUCGAGUGCACAGCGACGGACUUGACGAAAGCUAAGGUGGUGCUGGACACCAUUGUGUGCCUCUUCUCCGAGCACUGCGCCCAGAAGUUCACCGUAGAGCCGUGCGACGUGGUGCAGACUGACGGAAGUGUGAUUUCCUAUCCGGAACUGCAAGUUCGAGAGGAACGGAUAUCGGCCAAGAAAGCCAAUGCCUACAUUGGCAUCAAUGAGCCAGCGGAAAAAUUGGCUGACAUGCUCACCCGCAUGUAUCUGGAAGCUAAGGUUGAGGGCGAAGACUCUCUCGCGGUAAAGAUUCCUCCCACUCGGCACGACGUAAUCCAUCCUUGCGACAUAUACGAGGACAUUGCCAUCGCCUUUGGUUACAAUAAUAUUAAGAAAUCGCUGCCGGCCUUCAUGCAGAUAGCCAAACAAUUCCCUCUCAACAAGCUCACCGAACAGCUUAGAGAACAGGUAGCUCAGGCCGGCUUCACCGAGGCACUGACCUUUACGCUCUGUUCGAGAGACGACAUUGGACGCAAACUGAACAAGACGAUUGAGGCUACUCCUGCCGUGCACAUCGGUAAUCCCAAGACCUUGGAGUUCCAGGUGGUGCGGACUACCCUGUUGCCAGGACUUCUAAAGACACUGGUGGCCAAUCGAAAAAUGCCGUUGCCCCUGAAGCUCUUCGAGAUUAGCGACGUGGUUGUGGCGGACGAGAGCACGGAAGUGGGAGCCCGUAACGAGCGUCGUGUUUGUGCCGUGAACUGCAACAAGACCGCUGGCUUUGAAGUUGUUCACGGAUUGUUGGAUCGGGUGAUGCAGCUGCUGUCUGUGCCAUGGAAAUCGGGCAACGUUACCAAGGGCUAUUACCUCCAAGCCACAGAAGAUCCCAGCUACUUCCCUGGUCGCUGUGCUAAUGUGAUGUACGACAAUGUAGUCAUUGGCAAGAUUGGAGUCCUCCAUCCCACAGUUCUGCAGGCCUUCGAACUUACUACUCCUUGCUCUGUAGUGGAGUUCACCAUUGAGCCCUUCGUUUGAAUAAAAUGUUAAACAUUUGAAAAAGUUUACCAAUAAACCAGAAAUACUUUUAACCAAUA